CAGCCCAUGGAAGAGGCGGCGGCGGCGGCGGUGGGAAAGCGGGGCAGGUUGGGGCACCACCACGGCGCCGCCGACCCCCCGUCCUUCCGGAUGGAGGACCUUCCCACGAUAACUUCCAUUCCGCCAGAGGUUCAACCUGUUAUAAUCUCACCGCUGCCACUGAAAGAGGCCGUGAGGACAAGCAUUGUUUCAAGGAGUUGGAGAAUGCUAUGGACAUUCCACUCUGAUCUAUGUUUUGAUGGUCCCACUCCCAAUGAUCUGGAUUCUGACACCGAUGACGAGUUCGCUGGUCAGGAUACUACCAAAAUGAAUCGAGCAAAGUUCAUUGAGACUGUAAAUUCGGUUAUUCAACAGCAUAGUGGGAUAGGAAUCAAUAAGUUCAGCGUCAGGUGGGGCAUGCACAAAGAGUACUCUGAUCAUCUUGAUAGGUGGAUUGGGUUUGCCGCUUCAUCAAAGGCAAAUAUAAUAGAUUUUAAUCUGAAGAAAACUUAUCAGCCAUUCGAAUUUCACCACUUCCCUCUCGAGGCCUUGGAUUCUCAAGGUUGCUCAUUUGUGAAGUCCUUAUUUCUCGCCAGUGUUUCUACAAAGCCAAACUCAGUAAUAUCUGGCUUUACAAUACUCAGAAGGCUUGUUCUGGAAUUUGUUAAGAUAUUAGGAGAUUUUCCAGGCUUGCUAGCAAAAUGUUCAGGACUUGAGGACUUAGAGAUCAUUGCGUGCUAUGGUGUGGACAACUUAAUCGUACCACACAAACUUGAUAAACUUCAACAUUUGCUGAUUGCCGGAAUGGACACCCAGAUGGUUGAGUUUCAUGCUACUGAUCUUGCUCAUUUUGAGUACAAAGGGCGAGUUAUCCCUAUAGUCCUUCAUGGUUGCUCGAAACUAGAGAAGGCAACAAUGAAGUUUAAUGGCACUAAAGCACUGGCACAUGCAUUCACUGCAGUUCCAAGCAUUUUGCCAGUGAAGACAUUACAUCUGCAAGCUUUCAUAUCAAAAUAUGCACAGUUGCAGAAGCUGCCAACAAGACAACAGGGAAUGUUUUUGCAUUUGAGGCAUAUGAUUUGUCAAUUAAUUGUCAACUCUAACGACCCAAAUGGUGAUAAUGGAGUUCUUCAACUGGCCAAUUGUUUGGAUGUUGCACCCAGACUGGAGACGUUGCACUUGCAUAUGCUCUGUGCGAUAUCAAGUAGUUUCUCCAGCGGUGAGGUGGCGGGUAUGCGCCGCCAUGAUCAUCUCAAGACGGUCUUCAUGAGCGGUUUUCGAUGUUACAAGGCUCAGAUUGAGCUGGCAUGCUGUAUCUUGAGAAAUGCUUCUGUUCUUGAGCAGCUGAUAAUAGAACCAAGGAUUACAGACAAAGUAUGGGCGGGUGAUUGUUCCAAGUGGAAUACUGACCUUGGCGAAAUCUUACCAGGGGUCUGUGAGUGGGCACAUGUCACCUCAGAGCGCUUCGGUAAGGUGAUCACCGUCGUAGGUGCCUCCCUUAACACAACGGAGGCUUCUUUGGCCCAGCAAGGCGCGGGAUCUCUUCAGCACCAUCAUUAGCGAGUGUCGUAAUUGCCUGCAGAUUAUUAGUAGAUCGUAGUGGGAUGCUAUGUUGAUCUCCCCUGGUGUCUGUUUAACCUCACCUAUGUUCUCUUCACUGUGAUCAUAGUAAACUUUGUUACCUUUUGCUCUAAUGAUGAAAAGCUGGGAAGAAGUAAAGCUUUCUUUUCAACAAAGGAUGGAUUUUAUUACUCAAAGGGAACAAGUAAAUCUGUCUCAACGUCGCCUAUCCGGGUGAAAAAUGAAAUACCUCUUCAAAGUGUAUGCUAAGCUAUCAAAUCUUCAAGCCAUACAAAACAUCUGCAUAAAUUUUGCUACCUGCCAUCUUAUCACAGUUUGGUUUGGCAUUGCAACAAAUUUGUGGUUUGUUUGGGCGAAUACCAACCGAAAUACUGGGCUUGCCCAACAGCAUAUUUGCUGAUCAACAAGUUCAGUGCGUCGACAACACCUGAAAGAUGAGGAGGAUGAGGGUGAUGAUGGCGGGCCUGGCCGUAGAUGGAUCUGCGCCCCCUGAUGAGAACACCAUUGGUGGGUAGGCUGCACUGCUCGGCGGUGACGUUGUUUCUGCAAAUGCCAAGGACAGCACUGAUGCUGUCAUGUUCAGAAGGCGAGGCACCAAAACCAAACCAGACGAUCUAAAAUUAACUGUAAACCAAGGCCAUUUUUUGUCUGUGACAACCAAUGUUUGAAGAAAUUUGUGGUUAUAUCAGAGACCUUUCUUGUCC